GUUUAGAUACUUACACAAUAUUCUCUGAUCUUCCUGUGAAGCUUAACUUUCAUCCCCGAACCUCCGCCCGACCCACACAAUGCUCUUCUUCUCCUUCUUCAAAACCCUUGUUGACCACUCGGUCACGGUCGAGCUCAAAAACGACAUCUCUAUUCGCGGCACCCUCAAAUCCGUCGACCAGUAUCUGAAUAUCAAACUCGACGACAUCAGCGUGGUCGACGACCUACACUACCCACACCUGAGCUCUGUCAAGAAUGUGUUCAUCCGCGGGAGCGUGGUACGCUACGUGCAUCUGCCGGCCGGGAGCGUUGACACAGCGCUGUUGGAGGACGCGAGUAGACGAGAAGCACAACAGGUCACGGCCAAGGCCAAGCAGUGAGAUGGACAGAAUCCUGACGAAAGGGUGGCAUCUGAGCAUAUGGAGCGUUGUAUUGCGAGCACAGAUUUGAGUGCUGGAUGGGACGAUACCCGAGGAUCAACAUGCAUGACAGGCUUUACACUCGGAAUGGCGGGCAGGGUUGAGGGUUGGCAAAGGCCAUAACAUCUUGCUUGGAAGUGAUGGUGUAUAGGCUGUAAAGAGCGGAGACUACCCAUGCCGGUAUGAUUUGAAGAAGCACGGCGUUGUAUGGGACGUCUCAGGUUCCAAGAAUGAGUCAUGAAUGAAUGGAUAACCACAUGAAAUUGUGGUCUUUAUAUUGCUUGUGGGCAUUGUGAUGUCUGGCGAUGUGAUGCACAUAUUGCAGAGAUGCAGGCCGUACCGCGAUGAUCAAAGGAAGGGCUUUCAAGAUCAAAGCGAAUUGCAGAAUAAGAAGACGGUUCAAUUAUACAAUCACGAUAUGAUUAUUACAAAAC